AUGGAAAAUUCAAUCUCGCUGCCAGUCGUAAAUGCUGCUUCUUUUGGGAAAGACCUUCGGGGACCUGAAUAUUGCAAGGUCUUUGAAGCAAAGGUGAUUUACAAUGGUGUAUUUUCAAAUGAUCAUAUCACUCAGUUUGUUUUGCCACCUCUCCUGCUACAGCUUGGUUUAGUUACCUUCUUCUCAGGAGUCUUGCAUUUCAUCCUCAAGCCUCUCAGGCAGCCUAAAUAUGUUGCAGACAUUCUUAGUGGAAUCAUCUUAGGCCCUUCGGUUCUUGGACGCAGCAAAGCAUUCAACGAAACCUUGUUCCCACCUAAAGGUAUGAUGGUGCUCGACGUCUAUGAAAUGGUGGGCAUCAUACUCUUCACCUUCUUGAUUGGAGUACGAACAGAUGUGCACAUAGUUAGAAAAGCAGGAGGACUAGCAAUCGCAAUAGGCCUCGCAUCUUUCCUACUUCCAGUGAUCAUUACAGAAAUUACAGCCAAGAUAUUAAGGGCAACCAUUACCAUGGACAAGAAGCUUCAUGAUUCAAUAGCCCUGGUGGGAUUUCAUGAAUCCAUGAUUAAUUACCAUGCUGCUUUUUGUAUCCUCAAGGACCUCAAGCUUGUCAAUUCUGAACUAGGCCGUGUUGCUCUCUCUUCUUCAAUGAUCAGUGGCCUGUGCAGCUGGAUAUACUUGCUCAUAUAUAGAAUCACACUUGAAGCCCAACAUGGUAGAACAAUUGUGGUUCUAGCUGCACCAGCUAGCAGAUUAUUCAUGCUAAUUGUCAUUUUAUUUGCCAUCCGCCCUUUCAUGUACUGGAUAAUCAGACAUACCCCAGAAGGGAAAACCUUAAAGGAAUCAUAUGUUUGUGGAGUCACACUUGUGGUUUUUGGAAUUGCCCUUUUUAGCCAAGUGACAGGAGUUCAUCCUAUCUUUACAUCCAUUGUACUGGGCUUAACUGUGCCUGAUGGUUCGCCAUUGGCUUCAGGAUUGGUGGACAAGCUUGAGUCCUUUGUCUCAGCUGUGCUCUUGCCAUCUUUCUUUGCAAAUGUUGGCCAGAAGGUUGAUGUCAAACAUAUGACACUUAGAACUUUUGGAAUCGUGGUGCUUUUUAUCGCGCUUGCAUUGUUAGGGAAAAUUAUUGGGUGUAUGGUGGCUUCACUCUAUUGGAAUAUGCAUCUCAUGGAUGCUUUGUUGUUGCUUACUGAAGAGACCUUAAGUAUAAUGGUCAUCAUGGCAAUUUUAAAUGCAGCUGCUGUUACACUGUUGCUUCGAUCCCUCUAUAAUCCUUCAAGAAGACAUGUUACCUACAAAAGGCGUACGAUUCAAGAAAAUAGGCUUAAUGCUGAGUUUCGAAUUCUGGCAUGUAUUUUUCAAGAAGAUAAUGUCCCAAUUAUUAUCAACAUCCUUGAAGCCUCCAAUCCAUGCAGAGAAAGCCCCAUUGGAGUCUAUGUUUUAGACCUGGUGGAGCUUGUUGGCCGGGCCAUGCCUCUAUUUAUCACUCACAAGUUGAACAGAAACCCUUCUAAUAAGUCUACAAGAAGCCAUCGGAUCAUCAGAGCCUUCUGUCAGUAUGAAGGGCGUAAUGAAGGGUUAGUCAAUUUACAGUGCUUCACCUCCAUCGCGCCUUAUGCUACCAUCUAUUCAGAUAUAUGUGCAGUGGCACUAGAGAAGAGCAUAUCCCUAGUCAUCAUUCCUUUUCACAAAGCAAAUGGCCAUUCAAUAAGGGCAGUGAACAAAAGUGUACUUGAAAAUGCUCCAUGUUCAGUUGGGAUCCUAGUGGAUCAAAGGAUGGUUGAGAACUCUAAAGCCAGACACAGAUCAUGGUUUACCUUCCAUGUUUGUGUAAUCUUCAUCGGAGGACCUGAUGAUCGUGAGACACUUGUGUAUGGAGCUCGGAUGGCUGAGCACCCUGGCAUUAGGCUUACAAUCAUUCGAAUAACUGCUCUCAAUAAUGAUACUAAUGACAUAAAUGCAGACAGGGAGCUCGAUUUUAAUGCCGUGAAUAAAUUUAAAGAUGAUACAAUGGAUAACAACCGCGUUGUAUAUAAGGAAGAAGGUGUGACAGAAGGAUCUGGGACAACUCGGGUGCUUCAAUCGUUGAACAACAAUAGUUACGAUAUUGUGUUGGUGGGAAGAAGGCACGACGCUGAAUCGUCAAUCAUGUCUGGACUUGCUGCAUGGAGUGAGAUUGUGGAAUUGGGAGUCAUUGGAGACAUACUUUCAUCUUCUGAUCUUAAGGGCAAUGCAGCAGUUUUGGUGGUGCAACAACAAGCCUUACUAGCAGAAGAUAUGCUUCAAAGCCACAUAGACACAGACAAAGACCCGACCCAUUCUAGUUCAAUUGCUGCUUCUCAUCCUGUGGAUUCUGAAAAGUGGAAAUUUUAA